AUGGCUGACGAAGAACACACUUUUGAGACCGCUGACGCUGGUGCUGCUUUAACCUUCCCAAUUCAAUGUUCCGCUUUAAGAAAGAACGGACAUGUUGUUAUUAAGAGCAGACCAUGUAAGAUUGUUGAUAUGUCUACCUCUAAGACCGGUAAGCACGGUCACGCCAAGGUCCACUUGGUCGCCAUUGAUAUUUUCACUGGUAAGAAGUUAGAAGAUUUAUCUCCAUCUACCCACAAUAUGGAAGUCCCAAAUGUCGGUAGACGUGAAUUCCAAUUAUUAGACAUCGAUGAUGGUUUCUUAUCCUUGAUGACUAACGAUGGUGACACCAAGGACGAUGUUAAGGUUCCAGAAGGUGAAUUAGGUGACAAGAUCCAAUCUGAAUUCGACGAAGGUAAGGACUUAUUAGUCACCAUUGUCUCUGCUAUGGGUGAAGAAGCCGCUAUUUCUUUCAAGGAAGCCCCAAAAUAA